AUGGACCCAAACCACGCAGGCCUUCGCGACUCUCCCUCAGAAAUACCAGCAUCCUUCAUCAAAUACCACUUCCCGUACUUUACACCCGUCGAGCUUGAGCGGCUUUCGGAGAAACAGCGCGGCAAGCUCUCUGUGACACAGGAGGAAAGGGCAAGGCAGCAGGCGUGCGGAUUCAUCGAAGCUGUGGGCGCAAAAAUUGGCUUCCCUCGCAAGACAAUAGCUACUGCACAGAACUUGUAUCACCGCUUCCACCUUUUCUUCCCUCGGAAGGAUUUCAGCUACCAUGAUGUCUGCCUUGCAGCUCUAUAUGUCUCUUCCAAAAUGCAUGACACUCUCAAGAAACCUCGGGAGAUCCUGAUGGUCGCAUAUGCCGUGCGCUUCCCAGAACUCGCGGCAAAGUCGAAGUCUGUGGCAGGGGAAGUCGACAUGGAUCCAGCCACGGUUGAGCACGACAGACAAAGACUAUUGGCCGUGGAACGGCUGUUACUCGAGACUGUUUGUUUCAAUUUCACCUCGCGCAUGCCCUUCCCGUAUGUCAUCAAGAUAGGAAGAUCCUUCAAAGCUACCAAGAAGUUGACGAAGCUAGCGUGGCGGCUGGUUAUCGACAGCCACCGGACAGUGGUCAACCUUGAAUAUCCUCCACAUGUUGUUGCACUGGGCUGUGUAUACCUGGCAGCUUUGCUGUCAUCGUUCGAGCAGGCAACUUCUCCAAAGCGGGCUGGUUACAGCAGCGGUGAUCAGAUCGCUGCUGCGCUAGGUAAACCUGGACACUGGGAAGAACAAUUUCAAGCCCACGUUGAGGAUCUGGAAGAGAUCGCGCAUGCCAUCAUCGAUCUGCUGAUAGUUGCCGCGCAGAAUCCUUUAGCCAACACGUCACCAACAACACCCUCGUCUCCAUCUCCUCAUUUAUCUCGGAGUCAGCAUACACCCUCUGCUGCCAAUGUGCAGCUGCCACCCUUGCCAUACAAGUCAGACCAGCUGAUCCGUCUGAAGAUCGUCAUGCGGGAGUCGGAGCAUGCGCCCCGACAGCGGCAAAGCGCAGCUCGGAAUGACAUGUACGCCGAGGUUGAGGCGUCGUUGGGGCGGAACGAGGGGACGGUCAGAUUCUUGUUCGGGCCGCCUGGGUCUGCGGAUGACAUUGUGUAA